GAAUUAUUUAGUGCAGCCCUCUGGCAAGUCCCUGGCCAUUACAUUUCGCCCUGUUAACUGUGUACAAGACCAAGGACUUGUGAGACCAGGCAUUUUAGCUCCUUGAAAAGCUGAAGUACUGCCAGCUGUGGAGCAGGUAGAGACCAAGCGGGAGCUGCCUUGGUCGGAAGAAGUUCCCAGGAGUGUGCAUGGGGUGAGGGCCUGCAGGGAUCUUGAAUGACAGGGGCAGGUGACUAUAAGUGCAAAAUUUGACAAAGGCAUUUACCUCCCGGAAGAUGCUGAGUUUUACUUUGUUUAUGAUGGAUCCAUGAAGAGGCACAUAAUGUUUGCUGAGCGUAUUGGUGACAAUGCUCUUCAGUCCCUUGUUCCAGGCCAUGGAUGCCAGGAAGCAGUUUCUGUCUCUGUGUUAAUGUAUGCAAGGGGAUCCUCACCUGUGGCCCUCGGCAGCUGUCCUGUCACUUACAGGGAGAACUUGUCUUGCAAGUUGUCUCGUUUUCUGGUCAGUCACACAGAAUAUGUCAGUGCCACAAGUCACAAGAUGCUACUGGAUAAAUUUGGGCUAACAGUAAAAGAUCUGCAGUCCCUGGAUACUGAUUUGACGAUGGCCAUUGCUCACGAAGAAUUGCCAUCAACGUGGAGCAUCCUCGGAAGCUGCUAUGAAGGAGAGCCUAUGCACAAAGAAACUCUUCUCCAUCUUGCAAUGAAAUUGGGCUUGGUUAAACUUUCUGAGUUCUUAGUGGGUCAGCCUGGAGGGAUAUUGGCAUUAGCACUACCUAAUGAGGAUGGAGCAACACCAUUAGACUUGGCUGAGCAAAACGGGCACUCCAAAUUAGUUGAAGUCUUCUCAAAUUUCCAGGGCAGCCACUCGCCUGAUGUUGCCAGGGUGGAGAUCAGCGAGGGGGCCUGCAUGCGCUUUGUGCGCUCGUCAGCAGCUCUGACACUGACGCUGGACCACACGGCCAAGCACUUACUGGAGUCAGAUGUGAGGCUCUUCAGGAAGUAUUUCUGGAACAGGCCGCUGCUCCAUGAGAGUAUCAAUUCAAACCAACUUGAGCCAGUGGAAGAUCCAGAAAUGCACUGCAGCACAAUGAGCUCUCUAGAAGGUCCUGUGAGUUUGACAUCUGAUGACUUGUCCCAGGAUGAUGUGAAGCCUUUCCAUGGUGCUGUGGUUCCUUGUAAAGAAAUUGAAGAUAAUGUCCUGUUAGACGUAGCACAGAGACAUUCUACCCUUGAUAUUUUUAAGAAGCUGAAAACUCCACCUACUUUCUUUGCUGCAGCUAGACUUUCUACUAUGCUGAAUGGAAGUGAUGAAGUCUAUGCAAACUGCAUGCUAGUAGACCAAGCUGAAGAUUUAAAAAUGAACUACAUUCAUGGAGAUAGUAUUAGCAGUGAAAUGUGUCUGAAUCCCGCCAGCUCAGCCGCAGUAGCAAAGAGCUCUUCAUCUCAUUCCCUUGAGGAGAAUGACCAGUGUAGAUGUGAUCCAAAUGAAGGAAAUCGGAUGUCAGUGAAAAAUGAAGGAAAAGCAGGCUUAAGACCUACUGUUUCACCUUCUGAUCUGCAUGAAGCAGAUUCUUACCUUCCAUUCAAGACAAAUGAGUUUAUUAAGGAGCAGAGCCAACUUCAUGCUGUUAUGAAAAAGAAAAGUUCAAGUCUUGAUGACCUUGAAGUAAACAGCAGAAGUGAAAGUGUUUCGGACAGAUCCAAUAUACCCUACCCUCUUUUUGAACAUCCGGAGGUGAAGGCUUGUAGCAGAGAUGGAUUAGACGCUUGUGAGGCGAGCAUCAGCUGGACAGAAUCACUACCCUUAUCUAUCAGUCCACAGCCCAAGGAAUGCUCACCCUCUGGAAUUCGGUCACGCUCCUACUCCUGUUCCUCCCCCAAAGAUUCAUUGGGAAGACCUCGCAUUCCUCAGGACUUCACAGUUGGUGAUUCAGGUGAAGAUGGUGUUCCCAUGAACAGUGGCCGGUCCCUCCUUCAGGCUCUCUCACUCUCUAAGUCAGUGUCCCUGCUCCACCCCUGUAAACGAGCGUACAGCUUGCCCGAGCACUCCCGAGAGAAAAGGAUUCAGGAGGAAGAAUGGGAUAAGUAUAUUGUACCUUCAAAAACAGAGUCUGAAAAAUACAAAGUGAGUCGAACUUUCAGCUUUCUGAUGAAUAGAAUGACUAGCACACGGAAUAAGUACAAGACAAAAAAUAAAGAUACCAAAGACAAAGAGAAGCUGAACAGGCAUAAUUUUAUAAAUGGAACCUUCUCUGGAGUUAUGCCAUGUAUGGCCUGUGAAAAGGCCCUCCUAGGAAAAGAAUCAUUGCAGUGCUCUUAUUGCAGUGUGAUUGUGCAUAAGAACUGUAAGGACUGUGUCCCUGUGUGCACUAAGAAAUCCCAGGAGAGGUACCAUAGCAAAAACAAACCUCAAGUUGGCACAGGAAAUUUGUCAUUUGGAGACAUUUCACAGCCUGGGAUUUUGUCAGUGCAUCCUUCUUCCUCUGUACCUAUAGGACUAUCUGCUGGGAGGAGGGAAGCCUUGCAGCAGUCCCAUUCCUUGUCCAAAAGUGUCCCUGGUGCCAGUUUUGAAAGAAGAUCUAUGCCAUUUCCUGAGCAGGACUCCGAGGCUAGCACAUGGAGGACCAAGUCAAGAUCUGAAGAGAUGUUACAGGCAUUAGGGACAUAUUCUUCAAUGGAUUCUUUUGUGAUGGAAGUUGAGGUGGAUUCGUCUCAGUGGACUGACAUCAGUUCAGAUGCACAGGAAUUUGAGGCUGAAUCAUGGAGUCUCGUUGUGGAUCCAAUGUUCUGUAACAAGCAAGAAAAGGAUGUUGCGAAGAGGCAGGAUGUCAUUUUUGAGCUGAUGCAAACAGAAGUGCAUCACAUUCACACCCUCUACAUUAUGUCUGAAAUAUUCAGGAAGGGAAUGAAAGAAGAACUACAGCUGGACCACAGCACAGUGGACAGAAUAUUCCCCUGCUUAGAUGAGCUACUGGAGAUCCAUAGGCAGUUCUUUUGCAGGUUGCGGGAGAGACGGCAGGAAUCGUGUGAGGAGGGGAGUGAGCGUAAUUUUGUAAUAAGCAGAAUCGGAGAUAUCCUUGUGCAACAGUUUUCAGAGGAAAAUGCAACUAAAAUGAAGAAAAUAUAUGGAGAAUUUUGCAGCCACCAGAAAGAAGCUGUUAAUCUCUUCAAAGAGUUGCAACAAAAUAAGAAGUUCCAGAAUUUUAUUAAACUGAGGAACAGCAAUUUGUUGGCUCGCCGCCGAGGAAUCCCUGAGUGCAUUCUGCUUGUCACUCAGCGAAUCACCAAAUACCCUGUUCUAGUUGAAAGGAUAUUGCAGUACACAAAAGAAGGAUCAGAAGAACAUAAAGACCUAUGCAAAGCCCUUCGUUUAAUUAAGGACAUGAUUGCAGCAGUAGAUUUGAAAGUUAAUGAAUAUGAGAAAAGACAAAAACUGAUGGAAAUUCUCAACCGAACUGAAAACAAAACAUAUACAAAACUGAAAAGUGGACACAUUUUUAGGAAGCAAGACUUGAUGGGGAAAGAGCGGAUACUUCUUCAUGAAGGUUUAGUAUACUGGAAAACAGCUACUGGUCGUUUCAAAGAUACCCUAGCUCUGCUUCUAACUGAUAUGCUGCUGUUCUUACAAGAAAAAGAUCAGAAGUACGUUUUUGCAGCUGUUGACCAGAAGCCUUCAGUCAUCUCUCUUCAGAAGCUCAUUGUAAGAGAAGUAGCCAAUGAAGAAAGGGGGAUGUUUUUGAUUAGUGCUUCAUCUGCAGGACCUGAGAUGUAUGAAGUUCAUACAAACUCCAAAGAGGAGCGUAACAGCUGGAUGAGGCAUAUUCAAGAUGCAGUGGAAAGUUGUCCAGAGGAACAAGAAGAAGGAAAAAUGGGUGAAUUUGAUGAGGACAGACGUAUCGCUGAGGCUAAAGCAUGCAAAAUUCAGAGAUGUCAAGAAUCACUGAGUAACCAGGACCAGCAAAUCUGCAGUUGUUUGGAAGACAAAUUGCGUAUCUAUGCAGAACUAGUAGAUAUGAGUGGAUUUGAAGAUGUUCAUGUAGAACCUCACCUCCUUGUCAAACCUGAUUAUGGAGAAACUCCACAGGCUGCUUCGUUGCUGGUAGCAGCACUCAGAGAAGUUGAAAGUCUCCACCUUGCUGUCACGUCAUCACAAGUGAAUGAAACGGACAGAUCAUCAGAGGAAAGUACAGAGGAAUUAAGUUCGAAGCACAGACUUAGUGCCAGUGAAAUCUUGGAAUCUUUCCCUAGUGAUGCAGAAAUGAAGGAAGCUGAAGAAUCACCUGAAGUUGAUCUCAGUGCUUGCCCUAUUGAAAAGGAAAUUUCUGAUGCCAGUGUAGACUACAAGGGAGGAAGUAUGAGUUUCCCAGGAUCUACAGGGACAGAGAUUGUACAAGCAAUCCAGAAUCUAACUCGUCUCUUGUACAGCAUACAGGCAGCAUUAGCUAUCCAGGACAGCCACAGAGAGCUCCAUAGGUUACUCCUGCAAGAGAAUGAGAAGACCAGUCGUAGCCAUAGUUCUCGGAUACCCCUCUUCCUGGAACCAGAAAAAUACCGUAAUUCAGAAAAACAAAGGGAUGAGAUGGCAAACAUCAGCAAACUCCAGCAGCAGUUCCAACAAGAGCAGCAGCGCUGGCUGCGUGAAUGCGAGCAGUGGCAGCAAGAGCAGGAGGUGAGGGCAGGCCUGUUGGAGCAGCGGGAGCGGGCCUGCAGCUGCCAGGAGGAGCUGCUGGAGAAGAGCCGCCAGGGCCUUGCACUGCAGUUGCAGGAGUUCCAACAGAGCCUGGAGAGGUUGCAGGAAGGACAGAAAGUGUUGGAGAAAAAAAGAGACAGUAUCAAAGUGCAGAAGAAACUCCUCUGGCACUGGAAGCAUGGUCUCCAGAGCAACCUGCUGCUGCCCACAGGGAGCCAUGAGAUAAUGAGACAUGAUCAGUUGGAUAGCUUACGUGGUGAAAAUGCGUUCUACUUAAAUGAAGCUGUAGUACGCCUGUCUCUAAGUGGCCUCAACAGAUCAGAUUCUUCUCUUGUUUAUGAAGAUGUUGUGUAUGGGCUGGACAUCUCAAACUUGGAUAUGGCAAGGACUUGUGAAAAUCAGGUGGACCUCAGGGCUGAUACUUCUUGUCAACCAGCGUUGACCAACGAACUGUGGAAACCGACUGGCCCUCAACAGCAGAUGUCUUUCUCCUGCAAAAGCAACAAGGAUGCUUUUAAUAAUGAUUUAAAUGCAUCACAGAUCCAGAGUCCCCAGGCAGACAGUCCAAACCAUGGAUCCAUUCAGCCGCCACGAGUAGAAGCGCUGCUGCUGAACCACCAGCCUGAGAGCCUGCAGGAUACAGAAAGUGGAGAUGGAGGGGAGGAAAACAUUGUUUACCUCUGAUGGCUCACUGUCUAAUUUCAAUAGCACUUUGGAAAUAUAAUUGUGUUUGGUUUUCUAAAUAUUUGUAGUUACUCUCUGUAUGACCAAGUGGCUUUAAGGAUAGUAUUUAAUACCCAAUGCAAAAUUUUCCCAAUGAUAAAUAUAACAAUUAAGUUAUUUUGGAACCUUUUUUAUGAUCUUUAAUUUAUGAUGUGAUUUCAAAUGCUUUGCAAGAAGCAGUGGGUAGCAAGGGAGAUGUAGCAUUUUGGAAUUACAAAGAUGCCACCAAGGGCGAUGAAUGUGACUGUUCCAUUUCUCUGAAGACUUCUAUUGGAAAGGGCAAACUAAGAGAGGUGAGCCUACUGUUUGGGAAUUCAGGGUAUGGAUCAGUAGCCUUCUAACUAUAGAGUUACUAUGUGAAAAGACAGCAACUAGUGAGUUAUAACUAUAAUCUCUUCUGAAAUGCGCUAUGUAUCCUUAAUUAUUGGGCUGUUUUUCUUAUCCCUUGGCUCUGCAACUACUUAGAAGGGGAUGUUUUUUAUGGUAUCAGUGUAAUUGCUAGUAAGUGUUUGUUCAUGUCCCAGAGCUUAUCACCGUUUCGGUACUAUUGCCAAGCUCUGUGCAGAGAUGCUGUUAUGUCAGUUUGUUAUUGUGUUAUAACUCAUUUCAGUAUGUGCAUUAAAAUUUAGCGGAUGAAACUCCACUGUUCAAAGGAAGAAAUAGGGGAUAAAUAGAAUUAUAGAACCAUGUAAUCAUAGAAUCAUAGAAUCAGAAUCAUAGAAUGAUGUGGGUUGGAACUUACAAGCCACCUACUUCCACCCCUCUUGCCAUGGGCCGGGCGGUCUUGCACUAGAUCAGGUUGCCCAGGGCCCCGUCUAACCUGCUUCCAGAGAAAGGGCAUCCACAGCUUCUCUGGGCAAAAUAGUAGGCUUUCAGUUUAAUUGAUCCCAUUGGAAACUGUUGCUUUCCCGUGUGGAAGCCAGCUAGCUUCUUGUGUUCAGGUUCAUGGGAUCAUCAGCAUUAGGUAGUAAGAAAUGGGGCCUGUUUUAUACCUUCUUGUCUUUCAGAAAUGUCUGUAUAGUUUCACUGAAUUUAAUAAAUGCUCCACGCCUUUCUGCAAAACUGUAACUCUGUUUCAGUGCUGGGUCUUCCAAAGAAAUUUGAAAACAGGAGGAAAAACUUACAUCCCCUUGUCCACUUCCUGUGUUGGUGCAGUGCUGCCAAAACUGCACUCCAGGCACCUCCGCUGGUAAAACCAGGAGCAGGCAUGUCCUGCAGUGACAUGGAAGGAGCACAGCUGUGCUGCUCUGGGUUAGCUCGUGGCUUUUGGCACAGGGGAGUGCUGGGUUGUUUGUAUAGAUUUGAAGGCUUUCUGCAAAGCUUUGCAUUGUGCAAGAUCUGCAAGGAGCACAAGCUUGGAUAGCAGAUGUUUGUCAGCAAGGGUUUCUUGUUCAUGGAGGCUUCUUUUCCAAGGCUGUUGUGCUAUUUGAGAACAUCAAAAGCAGUACUUUCUGAGUCGUUUCUCCCUGUGCUGUCAGAAUAGUGGUUGGUUGAUGUCUUGGGCUAACAGUGGAGCAACCGACAUUUCCUGUGAAUAGAUCUUGGUUCCCAGAUGCUGUUAACUGGUGUGCCAGUCUCACUGUGGAAAGAUUGGGCCUGCAAGUGUAUUUUUCAGUUUCAGUUUCCAGCCUUCAAGGCUCCUACUCACCUGCACUGCUUUGGUAUCUAUGUAUGAGAAACAAAGCAAAACAAAACAGCAAAGCACCAUUGUAGAAUUUCAGAAGGUGCUUUAUGUGCUUUCUGUUUCACAGCUAGACUAAAAUUAGAAGGGAAAUACAGCCUCUUGUUAGAGAUCUUGCAGACCACAGCCUCGCUUCACUGAUCAUCAGUGGAGAUGGGGCUGCUGUCUGGACAGCUUUUUUAGCUUUUGCUAAAUUUGUGAACAGGUAUCUCAGUUCCUGGGAUACAGCAUGUCUUGGGAUAAGCACAUUGCCCCGCUGGGAAUUUGGGAAAAAUUAAAAAGUUUCCUCCACAGUUGCUCAUUCUGCUUUUUAUUAUGCCUCUACUGCAACAUCUGGUGCUGGUUGCUGUCAAAUCCAAGCUGCUGGAUGGAUAGCUGCUGUCCCAAACCAGUGUGGGAAUUGUCUUGUAAGUGGCAAGGAAAGAGAGAGAGAAAGAGAGGAUUCUGCUUCUCUCAUCAGUUUUAACUGGGGGGCUGGGAGUUCAAAAGCCACUGACCGGGACUUCAGCUGUUGUGCAAAUUUCUCAAGUCCCCUAAUAUCAGACAGCAUCUUAUUUUGCUCACCUGUGUUUACAGUAAAACUUAAGGCACUUGGGGAAGGCAAAGGAAACAGGUGGCUUCUAGAUUUAGGUAUUUUAAUUGUAUAAGAUGUUUAAACUACAGAUCAGUAUGGUCUCGGCAGGUGUUCUUUAUAACAAGAUGUAUUAUGAACCCCUGAACUCUGUCCAUUAUUCAGGCAUUUGUUAAUACAUUGCAGAAUUUAAAUGAAGCCCCAGUGAGACUCGAUCAUUUUAGGGGGUUGCACUUUCAGUCACUGUCAGUCAUGUAUUAAUGAUUCCUACUCUUUUCUAAAUAGAAAUAUAUAUUCAGAAGUACUUUCUACGCCUCGGCUUCUUUAUUCUCCUUUGAAAUGGGUAUAUUCACAUGGCCUGUUGUAUUUUUUUCUAACUCUUACUGCGUAUUGUGCUUGCUUUUUUGAUAUGCUUGUCAAGACAUCUUGACUGUGAAAGCUCAAAAUUGAAUUUAGUCAUUUAUUUUUGUGUUGAAAUUAAAGAAACAAGUGCUUUACUGCAAAUCUCCACUACACUGGGCUUUCUGUUUGUUCCUUUUGUUUUUGUUAAUGCUAUUCCAUCCUUAACAAAGAGGGCUUUCUUCACUAUAUGUCUAGACUUUGUCCCGCACUUUCUCCUUGGUAUUGCUGGAUACAAGUAGUGCUGCCUUAUUUCAUAGCUUUAGAUUUUAACUGAAGUUCACAACAAACCUUUCUUCGUCAAUUUUUGUAAGAUGGUAAACAAAAAGUCUCAAGCUUACAGCGAGCUGAAUCAACAGCUUUAGAUUUGUGUACUCAGUUACUUACAAGAUGAGGCCAGAAUAGAGCAAGUGCUUGGAUGUUGUUUAGAGUGUUAGGGUAAACUCAGCUGCAGUUUUAGAGACUUUUCAAUAAGCCAGUCCAUGCACAGAUGUGAUUUUCAAAUGUCCAAAAUAAAUACAGAUUAGGCUCUCAGCAAAACUCCUCGAAGAUUAUUUAUAAAGAUGAAUUCUAAAAAAAAAAUCUCUUAAUGUUUGCAACAUUAAUCAUUUUGCUCACUGUGACCUGCUGGCUGCAUUGGUUUGUAUGCUGUCCAUAAAAAAACUAGCAAAAUGUUUCACUGCAGCUCAGUUAAGUUGAUGCAAAUUCUGUAGUAACGUGCUGUACUGUUAGUAAAACCAUGUUUGUGGAGUUGUCUGUUCAGAGAAUAAUCACGAGGCUGUGCUGUGAUCAGUAUCUUUCCUGGAAAUGCCAGUGAUUGAAUUGUGAAUGCAGGCGAAAGUUGCUGAUGAAGCAGUUCUCCGUAUGCAUUUGAUGACAAAUGGGGAAAUAACAUGACUUCUCAGAUACCUUCUAAUUAAUACUCUGUUUGAAAAGAAUUGCAGCCCCAAAUCCUUCCAGAGAAGAGUCGUCAAUAUUCCUGUUUUAUGUAUGAGGUAGAAAUGGCAUAGGUUAUGGGGCAUCAGCAUACUGUAACAGAUUGGAUGUCUGCUCUUUCUGUUACCGAAUUGCAGCCCUCAAGACUUUCUUGCCAAAGUAAUUGGUUGUGUUUGUUUUUUUUCCCUGUCAAAGACCUGAAUGUGGAAGCACUACAGAAGAAGCUGUGAAUAUUCUUAGCAAUCUUAGUCAUGACAACUAGAUGUUAGCCUUCAGCAAGGUUUUCAUGUUUCACUUUCUGCCCUGUUCUGAGUUGCAACUACAAGGAUGGCUUAAAUUCAGUGUCUUGAAUGAUUGCAUAAAGGCUUCCUUUAGUAGGCUGGUAUGAAACUAGACCAUUUCAUUUCUUCAAUUUAAAUGAAAAACCUCACAACAUAUCCUUGCUAGCAGUUACCUAAGUAAUUAUCAUUAAUACUGUCCAUUGUUCUGCAAAAAUGCAUCAUAAAAUAGGCAGCUUGGCUUUUUGUAUCAGGAGAUUACCAGAAACUAAGAGGAUCACGGAGGAACUUGAACAUAUUCUGUAGGCCACAGCAGUGAAAUUCUCCAUACUGUCAUUGGGAAUGUCAAAAUUUUUCACAGACAUUUACAGCAGUGUUGAUGGCAGCUCAAGCCAAGUCAGUAGCUGUCUCCAGAAUUCCCCAGGAACGUUUCUUAUCAUUCAGCUAGAUAGAUGCUCCCACCUCUUCUUCAGAUAACUCACUCUCAGGCCCCACUAAAGACAUCCCCAUCCCUCACACAGAGGGACUCAGCCUCACAGAGAUCUGCAGCUCCUACUGAGUUCUGAGGUUGGGACUCAAAAGAUCACAAAGGAAAGAAAAGGAAGAUGAAAAAAACACUCUGGAAACAGAGGAUGCAGGAAGACUAUAUCCUAUCUCUGGGAUGUUUUAUGAACUCCAUAAUGUAACAAGCUUUUCCACUUGGGGAAAAACAAUCAGUAAUUAUUGAACUGCUUAUUGUUUGUGAGCUUGAUAAUCUGAGAAUGGUUGAAUUAGAUAUUUUGAAAACCAGUGCCAGACAGAGUGAGAAUCAGAUAUCUACAAAAGUGACGGUGAACAGUGCAAGUUGAAACAAAGAAUUUCUCCUCUGGAGGAUGUUUAUCACACUCAAGGAAACCUUCUUAGCAGCUUUCUAUAGCAUUGCCAAAUCACGCCUAAAGGAGCUGUGCAAAGGUGUGAACCUUUCAGUCACCCAUGCUUACCAUUUUUCACCAGUAUGCUCUGCAUGGAUGAGGUAUCUCAUGAGCUGAAGACAGAUUGUCCCUAGCCCUCCUAGGUGAGUGGAUUGACAGUACCCUGGGAUCAGCAGCCCUGGGUGGACAUUCAGGUAAAGAUGCAAAAAACACGUGAAAUUAGUGUCACUUCUGGCUGAAGUAUGUAAUAUCCAACCUGCAGUGAAACUUUUCUACUUGCACACAGUUGGCCUAGCAAUGCUGAGAGUUAAUUAUAGGCCAGUUAGAAAAAAAUAAUCAAAGCGAAUAAACUAAAGUAAAUUCUAUGAAAUAUCCUCAUCCAAGCCCAAUCUAGAUACAAAGGCAGUGGAGGGUAUCCAUUAUCAUCUUCUAGGGACUCUCUGCCACUUUUGAUGCUAUUGACAAUGUGUUAUUGUUGUCUCACUUGUGCAAGGAGCGGGGUUUCGAGGCGAGGUGCUCUGGCUGUCAGUGAAAUGGAUAACAUCAGAGGGAGUCAAACUGCUGCUCUGCUGAUGUUGCUUUCCUUGCAGAGUUGCAGGUGCCAGCUGUGGUCUGAUUUAAAACCAGCGUGCAGCCACUUGGUGGAUUGACAAGGUUGCCCAGGCUUCAUUAAAUUAUCUCCAAGUGCUUCGUUCUGAAGUAAUAUUGAAACAGCUUGUAUCUCAAUGAAGGCUGGACAGUGGCAAUGCCGCAGGCAAAGGAAGGACUCAGAGGCUCCAAAGCUAAGGUGUGGCCUCCUUUGAAGUAUACAUCAAAUCAGUCAUUUACUUUGAGAUCUGGGAGUGCUUCUGGAUUUUCUAUAGACAGAAAAGUCUUGCACAUAGUUUAUUCCUUCUUCAAGAUGGUUUGGAGACUCUUUCCCACCAUGGAGGUGAUGUCCUGGGUCAGCUAGCCUCCACGUUGUAUCUAGACAAGAGAUGUAUAAAAUUUCUCAUCGGUAAGUCAUGAGUUGGAAAUGCCAUUGCUCCUGUUGAAUGCUGUGGCUUGUAUCUUAAACAAAUCUGACUGACUUCAAGCUGCUGCCCAAGGUUUCUGUUGGAAGUUGAACUGAUAAGAUCAGUUUCUUUAAGUCCUCAGUAUAUAUGUAAAGCUUGAGGACAGAGAACAAGAUAGGUGCUUUUCUACUUCUGGAAUUGCAUUGUUUUUUUACCAUAAGGUGAAGUGGUACAGAAAGCUAACUUUGCAUAUGGGCAAUCCAUGCAUGGGUUGUAGGUGAUCUGUGGGGCAUUCUCAUCUGUUUCCUAAUGGCUAUCACAUGUCUGGCAGCAACACAGUGCAGGCUGGCAUCCAAAAACCUAGCUGAGAGAGGAACAAGCUAUUUGAUGCCAUUGAGGCUUGGAUCACCGGUGCCACACUCAACCCUGCUUUAACACACAGGAGAGCAGCAGGACCUCAGAGGAACCUCUAAGUCACACAGGCCAGCCACCUAUUUAGCUGUCAUCCCUGUGGUGCCUACCUAGAGCUGAGUUGGUUGUGUGCAGGUUGCAGAAGGUGGAACAGCACUGGGAGACCGCUCACAGUACCCAAGGCUGAAUGCUGGCUGCUGAAGGGUACUUCACAGUUGAAAGUAAUUAGUAGUGAAGGGUAAGACUCCUCAGCUGUUUCACUAGAAGUCUCAGUUUGCACACUGGCUCAAUUUCUAAUUCUGACUCGAGCUGUUUUCAUUCUAUUUAUAGCAUAAUUCUUCAGAAAGAUCAGGAGAAAAACUUUCAAAGACAACAUAACAGCAUUGUGAGAAACCACCAAAAGGAGGAGAAACAUUUUAACAUCUUUGCAAAGGCUUAGUCACUCCUGCUUGUCCUGCAGGCAGGACUGCGUCAUAGUCCUACAACCGAAUGCCCUGUGAGAUGACAAGGCUUCAAAAUGCUUCUCAAAUAUUCUGAACAUGCAACCUGAGCACUCAAAAUUUUCCUCGUUCUGAGAAAUUUGGAGCGUAGAACAUCUGAAAUUCCCCGGAAUGCAGUCCUUCCAUCUAUAAUUUCAAUUAAAUGUAACUCGAUUAGUGUUCACCGCUUAAUUUCCUGAUUGCUUUCUGAUAAGCAGAAACAUUUCCCUAAACAUUGCUCAGAAGUUUCCAACCUAUUAUUUCUAUAACUUCUGUCAGCAAUUCUUGGGUAAUUACAAAGAUGGGCCUGAACAUAAAAGAGAUCCAAGGGCCUUCAGAUAUUUGGAACUUAUUCUGAACUUGAAAGACUCAAACUGUUCCACUUCAAUGCUAUGUUUUUCAAGCUUCUAUACACUAUUUAGGAAUUUAGUAAAGAAAAAAGUCCACAUGGGAAUUCCAUGAAAUUACACUAUUCAGAGCUGAAAAUUAAGCUUGAUGUAAUCACUUCAGGAAUUCACUGCAGGAAGGAUCAUCUCUGUCUAUGGCAGCCUUUGCAUUGGCUGGAUGCAUUGAGGAUCCACAGCUGUGAAGCAUGAUAUUGCACUGCCUGGUCCUGCUGGACCUGCUGAACUCUCCUGGAGAUGCCAGGUUUUGCACUUAGGUCCUUCCUUAUGCUGUGACCAGCCCCUAGCACAAAACUAGGAUGCUCUGCAUCCUUUCCAGAAGACAUAUGUACCCUAGACUCCUGUCACUAAGAGCAGACUUGCUGACUUAUGAGCCCAACCUGCUGCCAACCCCAAUGUUGAGGAUGGUUUCUCCAUGCCACUGAUGUCCCCUCCAUGCUAAAAUGAGAAGUUCUUGUGAACUGCAGAGUAGCUGUGCACUGCACACAUCACACAAGCAGAUUUUCUGAUACUUUGCCCUCUCAGUCACUCAUUAAAGGCAUUUGAUAGGGAUAUGAAGCAGUGAAAUGCCUUCUGAAAUGUAACAUCUGUGUGAAAGCUCAAAAUUCAUUUCUAUUUUUACAGAGCAAAAGGGGUCAAAUAUGGUUAUAAUAACUGACAACAUGUGUGUUGUUUAAUCUUCAAAGAAAGUAUUACCUUUAAAGGUCCAUAAUUUACUGAGUAAAUAUUGUUCUCUUACUUCAAAAGGAAGCAAUAAUUAGAUUAUCCCUGAACUCAGAGUAACGUUUAAUUUGUACAUACUUUGAGAGCAAUACAGUUUUCUGCGUACAAUAGCAAAAUCAUUCUUUUCAACUCUGUCCGUAUGCAGCCAGUGUUUAAACUUGUAAUUUAAUACCCAGAGGAAAGAUACAGCAGUUUAUGAAAUGCAAAGACAGAGAGGUUUUGCAAGCCAACAUGCCCUACCUUCCAGUUGUCACUAGUGUACAGUCAUGGCCUGAAGUCACCUGCUCCUGCCUCCUUCUUCUCAUUUUACCCAGGACCCUUCUCAAAUCACUUGCCCUGUUAUCCCAUUAUUGGUUGGUUGGUUGGUUUUUCCCACAUGGGGGCAAUACUAUUCAUGACUGUUCUUACAGGACAAAAAAUGUUGGAUGUGAUUAUGGCCCCAUAUAGCUCCCUGCCCCAGCCUACCAGUGGAGCCUGUCCCCGAAGGAGCAGAGCUUCUUGGCCUUCAGAGGGCUCUGUCCUAUCCCUGUCUCUGGGGAGAGAGCUUUCUGGGCAUAAGCAGGGUAGAAAACAGCAGGGAUGGCUCCUGCCUCCCUCUGUGAUUCUCUUCUAAGAGUUUUCAUCCAAAUGGCCUGCUGCAGGGUGCUGUGCUGGGUACAGGAAGGGCCAUGUUGUCAAUGGGUCACAAUUGGCCCGUGGCAAUCAGGACUUUUCUCCUGUGGGGUGUAGCUUUUCAUUCUUGACAAGAAAAAGGUCUUGAAGUCUAGCUAGUGGAGCAGUCCAACACCAUCAUAGUGCAUCAUUCAGUGUAGAGAGACACGUGCAUCUAGAAGAAAGCCACAGAGGAUGUGGCCAAAAAUGAGAAUAGGGCUUCCCUUGCUAAAUGAGUUACCAAAAUAUAUUGCUUUUUCAUUAGCUAUAACAGCAAGUGUUAAUCCACAUUCCCUUGGGAUAAUGGGGAACAUACCUUGCUAAAACAUAUGCUUGGAGACUGCUGAUAAGAAAUGAGAAAUAGAGAGAUAGGAAAUACACCAAGGAAAUGCCUUUUUGCUGUUGAGAAUUUCAUAAUUGCCCUUAGGAUGGUUGUUGCAAGAGCAGGGUUGAAAAAUAUUCCUGCUCAUUUUCUGAAGCUUGAGAAAAUUGACAAACAAAAAAAGGGGUAAUGGGCUUCUGCCUAGCCUUUGAAAAAGACCGAGUCUGCCUUAACGUGACUUAGCUUGAGCAUUAUUAUACAUUUUAAUGAGGUAAUAUAUGUGGAGAGGUCAAGUAGAGCAAGGACUCAUUCUGUUCCCAUCAACACAGCCACUACAAUGCUAACACAAACGUAAUCUGAUGGCCACAAUUUGAAUAAAAUAUGUAGUGUAAGAUUUUCUAUUGAAUAUUCUAAGUCAGGGGAGUCUGUUAAGCAUUGUUGCCAUGGGAACCACAUGAAGGUUGGUUAAUUAAGGAUUGAGCAGAUGCUGUGUAGUAUGUAGUGUCAUUUGCACUUUCCACUUGUAAUUAAUAUGCAUGUGUGCCUGUGCCUGCAUGUGUAUGAAUGAAAAACAAAGGAAAAGAAAGCAAACCACCUUAAUUUAUGUUAUGGGUAAAAUGAAUUAUUGAUAUACAAAGAGUGAUGCCCUCUACAUGCUGAAAAUACAAAUAAUGAAAAAAAAAAGAGACUGUUAAAAUCAGCAUGUAUCUGGGUCAUCGUAUUUCACAUAAAAAUGCCAAAAUCAAACACACAAGCUUCCCUUCCUCUUCCUACAAAAUCCAGGAAUUCUGAAGAGCUUGUUCACCUGUGAAAUAGAUCAAGAUUAAAGAGUAGCAUUUAAUGCUGGCUGAAAAACCUCAGAUGUAUCAUAGCUUUUGGGGGCAUUUAUAUGUAUACAUAAAUUUAAGCAUGCAAAGAGAGAAGGGAAGCUUAUGCAAGUGCACAUGAAUGUAAAGUUUAGGGCUCCUUGCUGCCGAUGGGGUACUGCUGAGCUCAAAAGAAGUACCAAAAAAUCACUCCCAAACCUUCUCCCUCCCCCUUUACUCAGUGAGGUUUGCUGUACGCCUAUAAUAGAACCUGAGAUCGCUAAGACAACACUGAAUUCUUUCCUCUUUGCCUAACAGGGAGGGAACAGUGCCCAGUCAUCUGGUGCUCCAGGACAUGCACUGAGCUUCACGGGGUCUGUUGCUCGGGAGUAAGAAGAAGCCACUCAUAGAAGAGGCUUCAUCCAGAGAUUAGGUCUAGCAGUAGUCAUCGUUUCUUCCACCACCACUCCUGUUCUCCUGCUGCCACUGCGUGGGGAGAUGGACUGUCUGGAAUUUUCGAAGCCUCACUCAAAAGCAUGGAGGAGAAAAUAAAGUAAGCUGUGCAAUAGAAAAAAUGUUACCUGAGCAUGAUCGUUCGAGCUUUUAGAAGUGGCAGUAUUGUGCUCUGGGGUAGCUGUGGCUGACUGGUGAAUACCUUCUUGGAUUGGGACCACAGCUGAUUGAAAAAGAAAUGCAAAAAUUGCUCACAGUGUUUCCCAAGUGCAUCUCAUUGAAAAAGAGCAGGCACCUCCUCAGAACUGCACACACUGCCUAGAGUGAAAGGAAAAUCUUUGCAAUGUUUCCAGUUGAAAUUUUGUGAAAGCCUCAGAGCUCCAUGUUAUAAGGGACAAGUAUCCAGCUUUUCUUAAUUAAAAAAAAAAACAAACAACCAAAA